UAGGAAACCUUCGUUCGAGAGAGUAUCAAUCAAAAUGAACUUCUUCCAACUGAUUUUCGCUAUGGGAAUGCUAGUUUGCAGUGCCUUUGCGCUGAAUAUUCCUGGUUUUGGAUUACAGGGAGCAGCGACCAAUACCUCGUCUACUUUGCCGAGUUCUGGAUCCGGACAGUUUCCUCCCAUGAACGGCCAAUUUCCACCGCUUCCGGGUCAAGGCCAGGGUCCCCAGGGUGGUGGCCAACAAGGAUUUCCUCCGGGUGGAUCACAGGGUGGUCCCCCAGCCAGUGGCUAGAAAAGCUUAAGCUUUGAAAAAUGUGUAAAGUCUUUCUGGAUAAAUAAACCUGGAACAUCA